CGCCAACAAAAUUUGUUGUCUUGAGCCUUUCAGUCACUGUUACAAUUUACAAGAGCUCUAUCUCCGUGGCAAUCAGAUUACGGAUAUUCACGAGGUGGCACACUUAAAAUGGCUUUUUACCCUACAGAAAAUCUGGCUUCAAGAUAAUCCAUUCACGAGUGCAGAUGACCUAACUGUGUCCGGAAAGUCUAUCUACUCUGCAUCCAUCGUAAGAAACUUGCAGCAUCUGACACAUCUGGAUCACACCGGCAUCACUCCUGAAGAGCGGGCCGAAGCAGAAUCAUUUGGCCUGAUGUUGUUAGCCCCACCGCAUCCGACCAGUCAUCUGUGUGAGCAAACGUCAUUGGAUGAUACUGAAAACCUCUGCUCCACCAUGGAUUCCAUAACUGCGACGGAUUUGGAAUCGGACAUCACAGAAGCUCACUCCGCCCCCACAGAGACCUUGAAAUCGGACAAACUCAACGAGUCGGAAAAGACAAAAUCUUCUUCGCUGAAAAGAACUGGAGUUAAAAGUCUACCAACUGGACGCGCUGAUUUCGUAACAUCUUCUCCUGUUCAACAAAGCGAACAACUGGAUUCCUGUUAUGUGACCGUUCAAGAGACCAAUAAAAUUCGGCAGGAAUGUGGUCUGAAGCCCCUAAACAAGAACAAAAUAUCUCCACCAGCGAGACUGCCUUCUCCAACAAUGGUAGAUAACGAACGAUUGGUGCGGAAUGCUGUUCUUCGUCUCUUAAAAACGUUGAACCAACGUAGUCUGGAAACUGUUGUUCAUGCUGCAGAACGUCGUCUUGUCCAGCUUAAACGUGUGAAAACUGAGUAUGGAGAAUCGCUUUCGGAACACCUGCCUACCAGCUGGAUGACAAACGAUGAUUAUGACUUCACCAAUUACUUGGAUACCACUACAAACGGUAGCCGAUAA